GUUUAGGAUUGCUACUCUUUUGCAAGGUGCUGUUCCGCACAUGGUCCAUAUUUCAAUUUAAAAUAUAUAUAUAUAUACAUAACAAAAGUUUGAUCGAAUUUUGAAACACAGGGAUAAUAAUCGAUGAGAUCAUGGCCAUGAAAGACCUGUAUCCAUGUUGAGGAAACUUUCAAAGAGAUUGUGAAAGAUCCAAGCUUUCAUCCCCGACCCCCAAACCUCCCAUCACUCACUGCAGUGUUGUCCAAGUAACACACGACCCACUACACUGCCACCAUGAUCACCUCAGAGCUGCCUGUUCUGCUGGACUCCUGCGGUGAGCCUGGCCCUGGGGAGGCAGUCGUUUUGAGUGAGCUCGACCACUCCGGAGGUGGCAGGACCAAGAAAAAGAGAGGGAAGCCAGGUAGACUGCUGGCACCUAGUAAGAAAGCACGCAAGCAGAAGUGCCCAGUGGGGGUGUUGAUGGGGCGCAAGGCCAGUGGAGCCGUCGAGCAGAAUGGGGAGGGGAAUCCCGUCACCCUGUUUGAGGUGGUCAAACAAGGAAAGAGUGCCAUGCAGUCAGUUGUGGAUGACUGGAUAGAAUCUUAUAAGCUGGACCGGGAUCUUGCCCUCCUGGACCUCAUCAACUUCUUCAUUCAGUGUUCUGGCUGUAAAGGUGCUGUGAGAAUUGAAAUGUUUCGCAACAUGCAAAAUGCAGAGAUCAUCCAUAAAAUGACAGAGGAGUUUGAUGAGGACAGUGGGGAUUACCCCCUCACCAUAUCUGGCCCAGUGUGGAAGAAGUUCCGGUACAAUUUUUGCGAGUUCAUCGCGGUUCUGGUUCGGCAGUGCCAGUACAGCAUUAUCUAUGAUGAGUACAUGAUGGACACAGUCAUCUCACUGUUGACCGGCCUCUCUGACUCACAGGUCCGAGCAUUCCGACACACCAGCACCCUCGCAGCGAUGAAGCUGAUGACAGCUGUUGUGAGUGUGGCACUGAACCUUAGCAUCCACCAAGACAACGCCCAGAGACAGUAUGAGGUCGAGCGCAACAAAAUAAUUGGCAAGCGAGCCAACGAGAAGCUUGAGCUGCUACUGCAGAAAAGGAAGGAGCUCCAAGAAAACCAAGAUGAAAUUGAAAACAUGAUGAACUCAAUCUUCAAGGGAAUAUUUGUUCAUCGUUACAGGGAUGCGAUUGCUGAAAUCAGAGCCAUCUGCAUUGAGGAGAUUGGAGUGUGGAUGAAAAUGUACAGUGAUGCCUUCCUCAACGACAGUUACCUUAAGUAUGUAGGGUGGACUUUACAUGACCGGCAAGGUGAAGUACGUUUGAAAUGCUUGAGAGCCUUACAGAGCCUCUACACCAACCAGGAGCUCUUUCCAAAGCUGGAGCUAUUCACAAACCGUUUUAAGGACCGGAUAGUGUCGAUGACACUAGAUAAAGAAUUUGAUGUGGCAGUGGAGGCAAUCAGAUUAGUCACCCUAAUUCUGCAUGACAGUAAGGAUGCGCUGUCCAAUGAGGACUGUGAGAAUGUGUAUCACCUGGUGUAUUCUGCACACAGACCCAUGGCAGUCGCAGCAGGAGAGUUCCUCCACAGCAAAUUGUUCAGCAGACAUGACCCCCAGGUUGAGGAGGCUCUGGCAAAACGCAGGGGGAGGUGCAGUCCAAACGGGAGCCUCAUCAGGAUGUUAGUGCUCUUUUUCCUGGAGAGUGAGCUCCACGAGCAUGCUGCAUAUCUGGUGGACAGCCUGUGGGAGUGUUCUCAGGAGCUGCUGAAGGACUGGGAGUGUAUGACUGAGCUGCUGCUGGAGGAGCCUACGCAGGGAGAGGAGAUUCUGUCAGACAGACAGGAGAGUGCUCUGAUCGAGGUCAUCGUCUGCACCAUUCGCCAAGCUGCAGAGGCCCAUCCACCCGUGGGCAGGGGAGCAGGCAAACGGGUGCUGACUGCCAAAGAGAGGAAGACACAGAUUGAUGACAAGAACAAGCUCACAGAGCACUUUAUCAUGGCUCUCCCAAUGCUACUGUCAAAGUACCAGGCUGAAUCUGAGAAGGUGGCCAACCUGCUACAGAUUCCCCAGUUCUUCGAUCUGGAAGUUUAUAGUGCUGGGAGGAUGGAGAAGCACCUGGACGGUCUGCUGAAGCAGAUCAGGUUUGUGGUGGAAAAGCACACGGAAGCAGAUGUGCUGGAGGCAUGUAGUAAGACCUACAGCAUCCUGUGCAGUGAGGAGUUCACAAUCAUGAACCGUGUAGGCAUUGCCCGCAGCCAGCUCAUCGACGAGAUGACAGAUCGCUUCAGUCAUGCAGUGGAGGACCUGCUGCAGGAGGGGGAUGACGCAGAUGAUGAUGACAUUUACAAUGUUCUGUCCAACCUCAAGAGACUCACUGCUUUUCACAAUGCCCACGAUCUGACCAGGUGGGACCUGUUUCGGAACUGUUACCGGCUGUUAAGAGCAGGUAUAGAACAGGGGUCAAUGCCAGAACAGAUUGCAGUUCAGGCUCUUCAGUGCUCCCAUUACUCAAUCCUGUGGCAGCUGGUGAAGAUCACAGAAGGCUCCCCAUCUAAGGAUGAUCUAGCAGCACUUAGAAGAGUGAUCAAAUCUUUUCUGUUCGUGUGUCAGCAGUGUUUAUCCAAUGUCAACACGCUGGUUAAAGAACAGGCCUUCAUGCUGCUGUGUGACCUGCUGAUGGUGUACAGUCACCAGCUAACUGCGGGGAGCAGGGAGGCGCUGCAUCCGCUUGUCUUCAAUCCAGAUGCCACACUGCAAAAUGAGCUGCUUAGCUUCGUCCUGGACCAUGUCUUCAUCGAGCAGGAUGAUGAGAACCAGAGCAUGGAGGGUGAUGAGGAAGAUGAAGCCAACAAGAUUGAGGCUUUACACAAGAGAAGGAACCUGCUGGCUGCCUUCAGCAAACUCAUAAUCUACGACAUUGUAGACAUGCCCGCAGCUGCAGACAUCUUCAAGCACUACAUGAAGUACUGCAAUGACUAUGGAGACAUUAUUAAGGAGACACUAAGCAAGACAAGACAAAUGGACAAGAUCUUGUGUGCCAAGACGCUCAUCCUGAGUCUGCAGCAGCUCUUUAAUGAGCUGGUCCCGGAGCAGGGCCCAUGUCUGGACCACACGUCUUCACCUGUCACCGGCAUUAAGGAGCUGGCACGACGCUUUGCCCUAACCUUUGGCCUCGACCAGAUCAAGACCAGGGAGGCCGUGGCCACACUACAUAAGGAUGGUAUUGAGUUUGCCUUCAAGUACCAGAACCCAAAAGGUCCUGACUACCCACCCCUGAAUCUGGCCUUCCUGGAAGUCCUCUGUGAAUUUUCCUCUAAGCUGCUUCGGCAAGACAAAAAAACAGUCCACUCGUACCUGGAGAAAUUCCUGUCAGAGCAGAUGGCACAGAGGCGGGAGGAUGUGUGGCUGCCUCUCAUAUCCUACCGCAACUCACUGCUGACGGGUGGCGAUGACGACCGUCUGUCCAUCACCAGCGGUGGUAGCAGCAAGACGGGCUCACUCCGCAGCAAGAAGGGCCGGCCCCUGGUACACAAGAAACGCACAGAGGAGGAGAGUGUGGAGAGCUUAUGGGUGAUGAGAGGUGACCAGCUGCCACUCACCCAGCUCACAUCCACAGUGCUGCCCCCACCCCAGUUCACAUCCACAGUGCUUCCCGCAACCAAGCUCACAUCCACAGUACUGCGAGAGAAACCACAACAUGCCCUCGACCAUGUCCCUGGCCACGUCCCUGAUCACACUCCAGAGCAGGAGUCUGAGCACAGCCCCGAGCCUGACUACGUCCACGGUACACAAAUGCAGAUGUCUUGGCUUGGUCAACACAAACCGGAGGAGCUGAACAGGAAGGAGCACACAGCUGUGAACUACAUGAAGUCCAGGAGUGGAGCAGUUCGGCACACAGUAAGAGGUAUGAUGGAAGAUGAUGCUGAGCCCAUUUUUGAGGAUGUCAUGAUGUCAUCUCACGGACAGCUAGAAGACAUGAAUGAAGAAUUUGAGGACACAAUAGUCAUUGACCUGCCUCCAUCUCGGAAUCGGCGUGAGAGGGUUGAACUGAGACCUGACUUCUUCGAAUCUGCCGGCAUGAUAGAGGAUGAAUCGGGUUUUACGAUGCCUAUGUUCUGAAAUGCAUAUCAAAUAUACUCUCCUGCAAGGGCUCUUGCCACCAAGGACACACACAAACCUCUGUCUUAAAGCCCUGGUGUUCAUUUCCUGCAGCAGAACCUGGUCUUUCUGCCAUGUUGGAUUUCAAACAGGAAGACAAGUUUUAACCAACAAGUAAAGGCAAUGCCCAUUUAAAAGUGCUGUAGUUUUAAUGCAAUCCAUUUAAUUCAUCUGCUCGGAGAGUGUUUGUACUCCACUGUGGAUGACCAUGAUCCUGUGAUGUUUUGGAGGAUCCAAUUAGUUUAAGUGGUAAAUUUCCUACUUUGUCUCAGUCCAGUCAUAUUGGGGUUUGUUUAUAUUGUGGUUCAGUUUUCUUCAUGCUGGAGUCAUAUCACACACCUACAGGUCUGUUUCAACUAUCCUCUUAAGAUCCCUGGUGCAAUCAGACCUUAUUGUAGUUGUCUGUUGCAUCACCAAACCCAUUCUGCCAUGUAAAUUAUUGAAAUCAGUAGUAUGUCACGUCACUAAUCACUUCUCAAAAUGUUUUAGUUUCCCACUGCAGUAACCUACCUUUCUGGUCAUCCCUGUAUACAUGGGUAGAUUUGGUUCAAAAUUACAUGGUCAUGUAAAUAUUCAAAGAUCAAGAUGCAUUUCUCUUUCUUAUAACUUUUCAAAAUGCAUUACAUUGUGUACUUUGGUUUUCUGUAAACCCCUGCUGUCAGUUCUUGUUGAUGUAAGAAAGUUACAUUUUUGUCACAAGUUUAUACGAAUCUGUUUGAACAUAUUUUUGCCAAACGGAGGAAGGAUUUUAAUGUUGUCUGGCCUGGAAUGAUGAAGCCCUGUAAUAUCAUUCCACCAGGCAAAUAAAACAUAUCAUGUGGGUAUAACAGAAUUAAUUUCCAGUGUAAUACCUUGUGCUUUAUUUGUCUGUCUUAUGAGACAUAUACUGUCAACAAAUUACACAUCAUAUCAGACUAGCUACAAAAUAGUUACAAAAUUAAGCACUUUUCUAUACUCUGUAUAUUCUAUAUACUUUUAGGUAUUUACCUGUAAAUUGUAUAUUUUGGUAUAU